GCAGCAGCGUUGCCAUGACAAGCAUUUUCUUAAGAGAGCGCUGCUCGUGCAGGGCUCGCUCAGUUUGCAAAGGGCUGGCUCUGAAAACGGGGAGAAGAGAAAAACCAAACCCAAGCCUCCCCCCCCGACCCAUCUGCUGAUUAGCUUCGGUGCAGCGAGCGGUGUGGGCUUGCUGCUUUUUUUGUUUUCUUCUUAAAGACCUUCAGCGUUAAAGGACAUUGGUCUCUUUCCAGCUUCCUGCUUCCCUCCAAACUUUGGGAAGAGCAAAAUCAAGCGCAGAGGGGGAGUGGAAAAGGAAGGGCAGGGGGUGGAAAAGCAAAUCCAGGAGUUUGGGGAUUUUUUUAACCCCUUCUCGUCCAUGGAAAUCCAGGGGGGUUUCCCCGCCCGUGGAAGGCUGGAUUACUGGAGGCGGAGGGAAAGCAGCGAGAGCAGCCGCAGCCUAUGAAUUGAUUCAGUCGUGCAAAGCCGUUGCAUGGCCGCUUCCCCCGCCAGCAGCCUGCUCUUCGCCAGACUGAAGUGCCCCGACUUGGAGCAGCGGGGCGGGCGGUAAUCCUCGGGCUGGAGGAACCUGGCCUCCCAGGAGCACGUGCCAGCCACCAAUGAGGUGCUGCUGUGACCUCUGACCUGGCUGCUGGGUGACUCCCCCAGGGAAUUGCAAGAAUGAAGGCAAGUCCAGUUACUCCAGGAACAAAUUCCAGCUGACAUCAGGAGGGUGGAUGGUUUAGCGCCUUCCUGUAAUCCAAUUACCUUUUACCAUGUGGAAGAUCCACUUAGAGAAGGUGAACCCACCCCUGGAUCGACCUUUCUGUACCAAAUAGCCCAGGCUUGAAGGCGACCUUGCAGGCAACCUGUCAACAUCCCCUUCCUACCCCUGAAACUGACUGCAGUGAUGGUGCAAGUGGCUAUAAGUUUUGUCCUCCCCACUCCCUCCCUUCUCAUGUCAGUGCCGCUUGUUGGUGGGAGCAGCGCAUCAGCUGGGAGCCUGAGCAGGAUCAGCUGUCAGAAAUGCUCUCGUUGCCGCUGGUAUCCAGGGAACCCUCCUCCUUCUCCAAGAGAGACACACUGGUUGUUGCUAAGGUUGCUUCCACGGUAACAUGCACAUCCUGUUUACACCUUUAUCUGGAGAAGUUGGGCUCAGCUAGUCGCGCCAGCUUCACCUGGGAAGCUGUAGAAGGAAGCACCCACUUCCCCUUCCCUACUUCUGGCACCUUCGCUAGGAUUCUCCUCUCUCUGUCGAGGCCCCGCCAUCCAGUCCUCUCCGAGGCUGUGGAGCUAGGGCGGCUGCUGGGAGCUGCUAAGGACCGUCUGUGUCCCUGUUGGGACUUCCAGGGGAAGGAGGCAAACAAAUAGGAGCCAGCGUUUUUCUGCACGCGUCUGUUGUGACUCACGCUGUUUUGGCAACAUGACGAACAACGCUGCUGACCACCAUCCUGGGAAUUCGGUUGCCGAGGGCAGCCAUGAAGGGGAUUUCGGCUGCUCCCUGGUUGACCUGCGGACACUCAUGGAGCUUCGGAGUGGCGAGGCUGUCGCAAGGAUAAAUGACACGUAUGGGGGUGUGCAAAACAUCUGCAAGAGGCUGAAAACGUCGCCGGUAGAAGGCUUAUCUGGGAACCCAGCAGAUCUGGAGAAGCGGAGGCAGGUCUUUGGCCAGAACUUCAUCCCGCCCAAAAAGGCCAAGACCUUCCUGCAGUUAGUCUGGGAGGCGCUUCAGGACGUCACGCUGAUCAUCCUGGAAAUUGCAGCCAUAAUCUCCCUGGGCCUGUCGUUCUAUCACCCCCCAGGCGGUGACAGCGAAUUGUGCGGCCAAGCAGUGGCAGGCGCGGAGGACGAGGGGGAGGCUCAGGCUGGCUGGAUCGAGGGGGCAGCCAUUCUCUUCUCGGUGAUCAUUGUGGUGCUGGUGACGGCCUUCAACGACUGGAGUAAGGAGAAGCAGUUCCGGGGCCUCCAGAGCCGGAUUGAGCAGGAGCAGAAGUUCACGGUCAUCCGCAAGGGGCAGGUGAUCCAGAUCCCUGUGGCCGAGAUUGUGGUGGGGGAUAUUGCGCAGAUCAAAUACGGUGAUCUGCUGCCCUCAGAUGGGAUCCUGAUCCAAGGCAAUGAUCUGAAGAUCGACGAGAGCUCUCUGACUGGGGAAUCGGACCAUGUCAAGAAAUCAGCAGAUAAAGACCUCAUGCUGCUUUCCGGUACCCAUGUGAUGGAGGGCUCCGGACGGAUGUUAGUCACAGCUGUGGGCAUCAACUCACAGACUGGAAUCAUCUUCACUCUGCUGGGCGCAGGAGAAGGGGAGGAGGAGAAGAAGGUGAAGAAAGGUAAAAAAGCAGGAGCCCCUGAAAAUCGCAACAAAGCUAAAACUCAAGAUGGCGUGGCCCUGGAGAUCCAGCCUCUAAAGAGCCAGGAAGGGGUGGAGAAUGAGGAUAAGGAGAAGAAGAAGGUGAAGGUCCCGAAGAAAGAAAAAUCGGUGCUACAAGGGAAGCUCACCCGUCUGGCGGUGCAGAUUGGGAAGGCAGGACUGAUCAUGUCGGCCAUCACGGUCAUCAUCCUGGUGCUGUAUUUUGUGAUCGACACCUUUGCGGUGCAGCGCAGGCCCUGGCUGGCGGAGUGCACCCCCAUCUACAUCCAGUACUUCGUCAAGUUCUUCAUCAUUGGCGUCACUGUGCUGGUGGUGGCCGUGCCUGAGGGCCUGCCCCUGGCUGUUACCAUCUCCCUGGCCUACUCAGUCAAGAAAAUGAUGAAGGACAACAACCUGGUGAGGCACCUGGACGCCUGCGAGACCAUGGGCAAUGCUACGGCCAUCUGCUCUGACAAGACAGGCACGCUCACUAUGAACCGCAUGACCGUGGUGCAGGCCUAUGUGGGCGACACCCAUUAUCGGCAGAUCCCUGACCCUGAAGCCAUCCUGCCCAAGGUCUUAGACCUCAUCGUCAAUAGCGUCGCCAUCAACUCAGCCUACACGUCCAAGAUCCUGCCACCGGAAAAGGAAGGGGGCCUCCCACGGCAAGUGGGAAACAAGACGGAGUGCUCCCUGCUGGGCUUUGUCCUGGAUUUGAAGCAAGACUACCAGGCGGUUCGGAACGAGGUGCCAGAGGAGAAGCUCUACAAGGUCUACACCUUCAACUCGGUGCGCAAAUCCAUGAGCACAGUCUUGAAAAACUCGGACGGCAGCUUCCGCAUGUACAGCAAAGGGGCCUCUGAGAUCAUCCUACGCAAGUGCACAAAGAUCCUGGACAAGAAUGGGGACCUGCGGGUGUUCAAGGUGAAGGACCGGGAUGAGAUGGUGAAGAAGGUGAUUGAGCCGAUGGCGUGCCAGGGGCUGCGCACCAUCUGCCUGGCCUUCCGCGACUUUCCUGCUGACGCCGAGCCUAACUGGGACAGCGAGAACGAGAUCAUGUCUGACCUGGCCUGUAUCACUGUGGUCGGCAUAGAGGACCCUGUCCGGCCAGAGGUGCCAGAGGCCAUCCUGAAGUGUCAGCGUGCUGGCAUCACCGUCCGCAUGGUGACAGGUGACAACAUCAACACCGCCCGCGCCAUCGCUACUAAAUGUGGCAUCCUGCUGCCUGGGGAGGACUUCCUGUGCCUGGAGGGCAAGGAGUUCAACCGGCUCAUCCGGAACGAGAAGGGAGAGGUGGAGCAAGAGCAGCUGGAUAAAGUCUGGCCCAAGCUGCGAGUCCUGGCCCGUUCCUCCCCCACGGAUAAGCAUACGCUUGUGAAAGGAAUUAUUGACAGCACUGUUGGAGAGCGACGGCAGGUGGUGGCGGUAACUGGGGACGGGACCAACGAUGGCCCAGCCUUGAAGAAAGCUGAUGUUGGAUUUGCUAUGGGCAUCGCAGGCACUGACGUGGCCAAAGAGGCUUCAGACAUCAUCCUGACGGACGACAACUUCACCAGCAUCGUCAAAGCAGUGAUGUGGGGCCGCAACGUAUAUGACAGCAUCUCCAAGUUCCUUCAGUUCCAGCUGACCGUCAACGUGGUGGCGGUCAUUGUCGCUUUCACAGGGGCCUGCAUCACACAGGACUCUCCGCUGAAGGCCGUCCAGAUGCUGUGGGUGAACUUGAUCAUGGACACCUUUGCAUCCUUAGCUCUUGCCACUGAGCCCCCCUCGGAGUCCCUGCUGCUGCGCCGGCCGUAUGGCCGCAACAAGCCCCUGAUCUCCCGCACCAUGAUGAAGAACAUCCUGGGGCACGCGGUGUACCAGCUCACCAUCAUCUUCACUUUGCUUUUUGCAGGCGAGAGGUUCUUUGAUAUUGACAGUGGCCGGAACGCGCCGCUGCACUCGCCUCCCUCUGAACACUACACCAUUGUCUUCAACACCUUCGUCAUGAUGCAGCUGUUCAACGAGAUCAAUGCUCGCAAGAUUCAUGGCGAGAGGAACGUCUUUGAUGCCAUCUUCCGGAAUCCCAUCUUCUGCACGGUGGUGCUGGGAACUUUUGCCGCCCAGAUCCUCAUCGUGGAGUUUGGUGGGAAGCCGUUCAGCAGCUCUGGGCUCACCUUGAGCCAGUGGCUCUGGUGCAUCUUUAUCGGUGUCGGAGAGCUGCUUUGGGGCCAGCUGAUCUGCAGUGUUCCGACCAGCCACCUGAAGUUCCUGAAGGAAGCCGGACAUGGUACCACCAAGGAGGAUAUUCCAGAGGAGGACCUGCCGGAGGACAUGGAUGAGAUUGACCAUGCUGAAAUGGAGCUGCGGCGAGGGCAGAUUCUGUGGUUCAGGGGCCUCAACAGAAUACAGACUCAGAUCAAAGUGGUGAAUGCGUUCCGUAGCUCUUUAUAUGAAGGCCUCAAGAAACCCGAAUCCAGAAGCUCCAUUCAUAACUUCUCAACUCACCCUGAGUUCAUCCUGGAGGAAGACGAGCCUCAAACCCCAUUCCUCGACGACGCAGAAGAAGACUCCAAGACUGAAGGACUCAAAAACCAAGGUGGGAGUACCCCAGGUGAAUCCUUCUCCCUCAACCAAAAUAACAAUGCGGUGGACAGCGAUCUAGCCGAGAACACCGUCCCGGAGUUUGAAAGCCCCUUAGACGGCCUGGAAUCAUCGGUUUGACCUUUGAACUUUGAUACCCCCUUCAUUUCCUUCACCUUGAGUCCCGUGUGAUAUCAGCACCAAUAACUGAUAUUGCAGAGCGGUCACUUCAUGUUAACUGCUCAUAUGUAUACUAUUUUGUUUUCCUUUUAUGAUUUAUUGGCAGGAACCAGAGUACCAUGGAGGGGGGAGGGAGCAGUUUGCAGUGGGUACUUCCUAGGUGGGAAACAGCCAAGUUGAUAUUUCUUCUCCUUGAGUCAGGUUCCGUGUGUCCGUAGGAGUUUUUCAUUUUGAAAAAUGCACGUUCAGAGAAAAGGUUCAGAUUGUCUUACGUAGUCUUACAUGUGCACUCGCCAUCUGAGGGUACAUUUGUGGGGUGACUUGGGGGUCUUUUAGCUUAUGGGAUUUGACCUCCGAUAACAUCACACUUGUGGGAGGGGGGGGAAGCAGCAUGAAGGUACAGAUUUAAAAAUUGAACAGGGGAAAAAUAUCUUGAAUUGUGUUAGAGGAGGAAAGGGAAAAACCAAACAGGUAUUCUCUGCGGGAGACUCUGAUGGUUAGGGUAUGUAAACCAGUCUUCCACCUUGAAAAAAUGGUACCUAACCUUUACUACUUUUCUGUCUUCGUAUGUGUUUGUCUCUCUGUUUCCAACAUGCUAACUGUGAUUAAAAACAAGGGAGGAGGGUGAUUUAAGAGUCUUAAAUAUGUUGACUAAGAUAUGAUUUGAAAAAGACCCUGCUUUGUUACAAAGCCCCACGGGAGAUGCUGCCACCAUUGCUGGGAAUGUUCUCCAAGAACUGCCAUGACUGGAAAUAAGAAGUCGUACUUUCUGCAGAUCUUUUUAAAUGCAUCUUUUUGCUCUUGAACUGUAUGAUAUCGGUUGGCAGGAUUUUCGAUGGUCGGAAAAACUCAUGCGUAAUUUAAUAGCAAAUCAUUUCUGAACCACGUUGGUGAGCAGAGGUGUUUUUGCAUGUGUGGUGUUUUUUUUUUUAAUAUUGUCAGAUUAAAUAUUCCUUUGGCCCUGGAGUGAGGCUAGCCACGGCUAAGGUUCAUCCCAAAGAACAUACCACGUGCUGUACAUCCUUUUCAAAGCAGUGGCAGGGUCUGGAUGGGAAUCGAGUGCCAGCUGCUCAUGGAACGGCUGGGGCAAUUUAAGGCUACCCAUCCCUGCUGCGUUUUGCAGGUCCCUUAGGAAAGAGAAGAGAGACUGUAGUAGGGGAAGCCAUAUUUGCAGUGGUCAUAUCUGCACAAUCCCAUUCAGUGUACAUACCCGCUUCAUGAUGGAAUUGUCCUGUCUGUGUCUUUUUCUAGGUUUGGAUGAAGCCAUUUGCAAAUAGGGGCAUCCUCCUGUAACAUGGUUGUCUUAUUCCUGGGAAAGGCACCUCUUUCAUCAGAACUUCAGAGGAGGCUUAAUAGCUAGGCUUUGCCCCACUCUCCCUUGUCACAAAGGUCCCCUCUUCACCUUAAACCCUAAUUUGCCUCCCCUCUUGCCUGGAUCUUGUUGCAUCUCAGUACUACAAACAGAUGCAAGAAAUGAUGGUCUGUGAAGCUAAGUUCAUAGCCAAUAUCACUUACGCUGGAGAAAUCCUUUCCAAGGUGUCCUGUGCUAAUUGUUAAUGUGUCUCACGGGUUUUUUUAGGUUUGUCCCCUCAUAUUUAGGCUGUGGCAGGGUGAGAGGCCUGGGCUUCAGCGUUUGAUCACCUGGGAAGCCACUCAAUGAAAUAGUUCUGAGCAAACUCACUUGUGAUGCCAAGAAAGGGUCAAAUCAUGAGUGAUGGGAGAUAUCUGCAACUCCUGUUGACUUCAUUGGGUACUUUUUGUGCCUCUCAGAGUUUGGUCCUAGAUUGGUGCCAUUGAGAAAUGGUGUAGAAGGUUACCUAUUUUACCCUCUUAUCCAACACUUAUUCAAUUAAAAGCUGUACCUGGAAGCAGAGAGAGAACCCACUUGCAACUGUCUGUAUUAAAGGGUUUGUGACAAAAAAGGGACAGGAGGCCUUGCCUGGCCUCCUUCCUAACAAGCAGAAAUAUCUUAAUGAGCGAGUGAAGGUUAUCAUUCUUUUCUUUUCUUUUUUUUUAAGAACGCACAGCAAAAACUCCCGUGCCUUUUACAAACACUGCCCAAAGCACCGUCUGCCACUUGGGAGCCCGGUACUUUGCCAAGAAAUAAGUGUUCCUUAAACAACCCAACACUGACUCAUGCCCUAGCCCUGUCACACUUCAUUCCACAUCUGUUCAGAGUAGACCGAUGAAAGGUCCUUCUCACAGGGUCUUCUGCUUCAAGGCUAGUAAAGAGGAGGGGAUUCUAGGCUCCACAAACUGCCAAUACCAAGAAGAAAUAACCACCACUGUACAUCUUCAUUGCAAAUCAGAGCCCACCCUUUUCAUCCAGAAAAACGUACUUGCUUCCUUCAUUCCUUUCAGUCUUCAUCUGAGCUAUAAUUGGGAGGGAUUAAGGGGGAAAUUUAGCUGUUUCUUGGUCUUACGUGACCUAUCCGAUGGGAAAGAGAAAAGGAUUUUCGUUUUUCUGUUUUAAAGCUUACAUUGCUUAAAAGAUCAUUUUUCUAUUUUAAAUACUUGCAAAAAAAAAAAACCAACCCCACAACAGAUGAAAAUACGGUGUUCUUGGGUGUUUACGUGAAUAUUUAUUAAAUACUUUUGGGGGACACUGAUUUUGUUUCUUUGAUAUUUUUUUAUUACCUCGGACCUGUUUAAAAAAAAAAAACUUUUGGGCGGGGUGGGGGGAACUUUGGAGGCACUUAAAAAGUCACUCCCAGAAGUUUCUGUGACUGGCAGGUUACCAUGAGGGUCUGGUCUACCUUUUUAGUCAAUUUAUUUUUUGUUCUCGUUUCAAUUGUGUGGGGGGGGGGGAAUAAUUAUAUAUAAAUAUUAUGCAAAAAAUAUAGUUUUCUUUAGAUCAGAAACUGAUAUUUUUAAGUCAGCCAUAUGUAUUUUGUUUAAAGGAAAAAAACAAAGCUGUAAGUCAUGUGUCUGCAAUGGGGAAUGUGAUCACAUGACUGGCAGUUUAAAGUGACAGGUAACUUAAAGAUUGGUCAGACUCCAAUCAACUUCCUUUCUCUGAGCAGCCAUCUUUGUACUAAAAGUUAGUUGGAUUACACAGAACUGUUUUUUAUAUAAAUUAUGUUGGUAUGGCUGGUUGCUUAAAGUAUAAGCGUUUAUUGUGCAUACUUUUUUAUGUAAAUAUUUUUUUUCUAUUUAGUUUCAGUGAUAAACUAGCAGCAGCUAACUAUGGCUUAAGUUAUUGAGGAAACUUAAACUGGGGAGAGAAAGAGAUGGUGCUUUCAGUUUAAAAGGCAUGGUAGCCUAAAUUAAUUUCUUAAAACAUGCCUUGAAAGAUGGAGAGAUGUUUUUAUUUUAUUUUUUACUGCCAACAGAACGAGUGGGAGGGAAAAAAUUAAACAGAUAGUGCCAUGUCAGACAGGAAAUGAAGUAAUAUCCUGUGAUAUGUGUUAACUUGUUUUGGAAUGCUGUGUUAUUAAAACACUCUAAACAAUUUUGCAUCCAAUUCUUAAGGGUAGGGUCUGUUUUUUGUUUUGUUAAAUCAAGCGGCGGAUUGGUACCAAAGACAUUACAUCACUUCCUGUGUGCAAUGGUGAAUAUCCAUUUGUAGGAGCGUUCAUCAUGUGAUUAGGUUUGGAAGGUGAGUGUUUAUUUGCACAGGGAUCUGACUUUAAUUUUCAACGGUUUUGUGCAAUAAGUUUUUAAGGAAAAAAAUUAAAAUAAAACAAGAAAAAUAAAAUCUCCAGAAGGAAAAAUACUAAACUGAAUUUUAGCCAUGGGUAGGCUGUAAAAAUAAAUGAGCUGGGGCAUAGGAACAUACUUCCUUUUGAUAUAUGUUCAGUCUGUUCCUCUAGAAGCUUUCUCUGGUGGGAGCGUAGAGAACUUGUGGCGGGUUUAACUUUGGAUCAUGCCGAGGAAGAGUCAAUUCAAAGCCCACUGCAGACUCCCACAGCCUUCAAUGGGUUCUGGAUCAGGCCCUCUGAGGAAGAGGUCUUCAAGAAUAUCAGUUCCUAUAGUUAGUGAUGACUUCUAGUAGUCCACCAGGCAGGGACUCAUUUUUUUCCCCCCAACAGUCAAGGCCUUUGCUUUUCAUGUGUCCCCAGGUUUUCUGCCUUCACAUGUGUGUUAGGGCAAAUGGCUGUUGACAGUUGUCUCUGGGAGCUACAGCCCCAAGAGGAGGGGAAGGGUGAUGGUAGGUUCUGUUUGUGCCGUGAGAAAGUCUUAGAUGACUUCAACUUCUGCUGUCCCCACCUCCUUGUGAAUUUACCAAUUCGCUGAGCUAUCCAUAAGGAUCUCCUGAAAUGUGCUCUGAAAAAUCAACUCCCCUGCACGUAUUCUCGCAGUAAAUCUUUCCGAGAGAAGGACAAGCUAAGUAUAGUUGUGGUGAAUAUAACUUUGGCCUGAUAUCAUAACUGACCAUAACUCCUUCAGGCUUACCUAGAAUUUAUGGGUCAAAAACAAUACUGCUUUGUGGCUUGUGCUGUCCUAUUAGUGAUGGUGUCUCUUUUCCCUUUCCUUGUCAAUAAUUCUGCCCAUCUCUUCCUCUUGGCUGUCUGACCUCUUGUGCUUUUGCCUCUGAUGUCCCUGCUGGCCCCCUAAAAAGGGGGCUGUGGUUGGGAUUUUAAGUUAAUUAGCCUUUCAGCAAAGUCCAUGGCUAAAAUGGCCUUUAGUUUAUUUCCUAAUCCUAAAUAAAUAUAUAUACAAAAAUAUACACUUUGUAUAUAUUUAUCUGACUCU